GCGGCACGGGAGACACUUCACUAGGCCUUCACACCCGGCGUAACCGGUUUCAUUUCUCGUUUUGCCCUCUUCGAUCUCCCGCUCAAUCUCCUUCAGCUUCGGAAGAUCUCUGCAUCUCUCUCUCUUUCCUGUGUGUUCGGCCAUCACUCUGCAAUAUCUAGCUCUUCUCACAUUCCUAAACCCGAUCACCGUUUCUACUCACAGUGUAAUCGUACCCGCUGGUUCUCUAGGGCACGAUGCCGUCCCUGAUUACUCCAGGGAAAAUUCUCCGGCUGGAGCUCGAUAACUUCAAAUCGUACAAGGGUCGGCAGGUGAUCGGUCCCUUCUACGACUUCACGGCCAUAAUUGGUCCGAAUGGGUCAGGGAAGUCCAACCUCAUGGACGCAAUCAGCUUUGUCCUCGGCGUGCGCUCCACGCAUCUCCGCGGUGCGCAGCUCAGAGAUUUGAUCUAUGCUUCUGACGACCGCGAGAAGGAGCAGAGGGGAAGGAGGGCUUUUGUCCAGCUUGUGUAUCAGAUGGGCAACGGCUCGGAGCUUCUGUUCACGAGAAUUAUCACUGGUGCGGGCGGCAGCGAGUACAGGAUUGAUCAGAAGGUUGUGACGUGGGAUGAAUACAACUCAAGGUUGAAGUCUCUGGGUAUUCUUGUUAAGGCCAGGAAUUUUCUUGUAUUCCAGGGUGAUGUAGAAUCCAUUGCAUCAAAGAACCCAAAAGAACUUACUGCCCUUCUUGAGCAAAUUUCUGGGUCUGAUGAGCUAAAAAAAGACUAUGAGGAUUUGGAAGAGUUAAAGGCAACGGCUGAAGAAAAAUCAGCUCUUGUAUACCAAGAAAAGAGAACAGUAGUCAUGGAAAGAAAGCAAAAGAAAGCACAAAAAGAAGAGGCUGAGAAGCAUUUGCGCUUGCAAGAUCAAUUGAAGUCAUUAAAGCAAGAGCACUUCUUAUGGCAACUUUUUAACAUUGAGAAGGACACGGAGAAGUUGAAUUUAGAACUUGGAAAUGCUAAGGAAGAGCUAGCUGGUCUGACCAGAAAGCAGGAGGAAUAUGAUCAACAGUUAGAUGCAAAAAAGAAAGAGCAGAAUGCACAUUUGAAGGAGAUAUCAUUAAGUGAAAAAAACAUAUCAAAGAAAAAAACUGAACUAGAUAAGAAGCAACCAGAGCUUCUAAAACUUAAAGAAGCAACAUCACGGAUCAAUUCAAAAAUUAAAAGCAGCAAGAAGGAGCUCGAGAAAAAGAGAGAAGAGAAGAGGAAGCAUGAAAAAGAAAUAUUAAAGCUAGAAAAUGACUUGGCCGAUGUGAAAAGAGCCAUUGAUGCAUUGAAUGAGCAUGGUCAAGAUGGAGUUGCCAAGCUGCAGUUAGCUGAUAAUCAACUUGAGGAAUAUCAUAGGAUCAAGGAGGCUGCUGGGACGAAAACUGCCAAAUUAAAGGAUGAGAAAGAAGUUCUUGACAGGCAAUUACGUGCUGCUGAUGAAGCCUGUAAGAAUUUGCAUGAGAAUCUGCAAGAGCUCAAAAGUCGUGAACUGGAGCUUUCGUCACAGGAAGAGCAGUUGAAAACAAAAUUGAAGAAAGUUAAUGAAGCAAUUGCAAAGCAUAAUGAAGAAAUCUCACAGGCUAACAAAGAGCUGAAAGAAAUACAAAUUGAUAGCAGUUCUUCUCGAGGGAGAUACCAAAGUUUGAAGCAGAAAGUUGAAGAAUGUGAUCAAAAAUUGCGGGAGUUGAAGGCUGAUAAGCAUGAAAGUGAACGAGAUGCUCGAUUGUCUGAGACCGUGCAGAGUCUUAAACGGCUAUUUUCUGGAGUCCAUGGUCGGAUGACUGAAUUGUGCAGGCCUUCACAGAAGAAGUUUAAUCUUGCUGUUACAGUUGCUAUGGGCAAGUUUAUGGAUGCUAUAGUAGUAGAAGAUGAAAAUACAGGAAAAGAGUGCAUUAAGUAUUUGAAGGAGCAACGUCUCCCACCUCAAACAUUCAUACCUUUACAAUCUGUUCGUGUGAAACCAAUAAUUGAGAAAUUGCGCACACUUGGUGGUACUGCACGGCUCGUAUUCGAUGUAAUACAAUUUGACCGAUCAUUGGAGAGAGCUGUCUUAUUUGCUGUUGGGAAUACUUUGGUUUGUGAUGACCUUGAAGAAGCCAAAAUUCUUAGCUGGAGUGGGGAGAGGCAGAAGGUGGUUACCAUAAAUGGAAUACUCCUAUCAAAGUCAGGUACAAUGACUGGUGGAUUAAGCGGUGGGAUGGAAGCUAGGUCAAAUAAGUGGGAUGAAAGUACAAUUGAGGCCUUUAAGAAAAAGAAGGAUAAGUUGGAAGCAGAAAUGGAUGCACUUGGCUCACUUAGAGACUUGCAAAUUAAAGAAUCAGAUAUAUCAGAAAGAAUAUCUGGGCUAGAGAAGAAGAUCCAUUUUUCCAAAAAGGAAGAGGAGAAUAUCAGGGGUAAGCUUUCAAAGUUAAAGGAAGAAAAGAGUAAUGUUAUAAAAGAGAUAGGUCGUAUCAAGCCAGAUAUUGUAAAGCUUGAAAGUCGUAUUACUAAGACGAGUGAAGAUAUCCGUAAACUUGACAAAAGGAUAAAUGAGAUUUCUGAUCGAAUUUACAAGGAAUUCAGUGAGUCUGUAGGAGUCCAAAACAUUCGUGAGUAUGAAGAAAACCAACUUAAGGCUGCUCAGGAGAUGUAUGAAAGAAAGCAAAGUUUAUCCAAGCAGAUGUCAAAAUUAAAAUAUCAGCUGGAGUAUGAACAAAAACGCAACAUGGAAUCACCAAUUGAAAAAUUAAAGCUCUCUCUGGAAUUUUUAGAGAAGGAGGUGAAAGAGACACAGAAGAAGGAACAUGAUGCAAAGCUAUCAGCUGAACAAAUCGCAAAUCAGAUGGAAGAGUUGAGUGUUAAAGCAGAUGAGUGGAAGAUCAACGCAGAUGGCUGUGGAAAGGAGAUUGAAGAGCUGAACAAGACUAGAACAAAGGUCAUAGGAGAAAUUUCAAAAUUGAAGCGUGAGAUAUCCUCAAAGGAGGCAAGGGUUGAGCAGCUAAAAGCGCAUUGGCAUGAAAUACUUGAGAAAUGUGAAUUAGAGCAGUUAAACCUUCCAAAGCUUGAUGACCCGAUGGAAGUUGAUACAUCAUUGCCUGGAUCUGUUUUUGAUUACAGUCAGCUGAACAGAUCAUACUUGCAAGAUAUGAGACUUGCUGAGCGGGAAAAACUUGAGAUGGAUUUCAAGCAAAGAAUGGAGGCUUUUGUUGCUGAAAUUGAACGGACAGCUCCGAACUUGAAAGCACUAGAUCAGUAUGAAGCUUUACAAAUAAAAGAAAAGGAAGUCACUGAAAAAUUUGAAGCUGUCAGGAAGGAAGAGAAAGAAGCUUCUGAUAAAUAUAAUGCUGUCAGGCAAAGGAGGUAUGAGCUGUUUAUGGAGGCUUUUGAGCACAUUUCUACAAACAUCGACAGAAUUUACAAACAACUAACAAAGAGUCAUACGCAUCCACUUGGUGGAACAGCCUACCUGAAUCUUGAAAAUGAGGAUGAGCCCUUCUUGCAUGGAAUAAAAUACACCGCCAUGCCACCCACAAAGCGCUUCAGGGAUAUGGACCAGCUAUCAGGUGGGGAGAAAACUGUUGCUGCACUCGCCUUGCUCUUCGCUAUUCACAGUUACAAGCCAUCUCCAUUCUUCAUCCUUGAUGAAGUAGACGCAGCACUGGAUAAUUUAAAUGUUGCCAAGGUUGCUGGGUUCAUCAGAUCAAAAUCAUGCAGCGGGGCUAGGAUUGAACAAGACGGCGAAGCUGGGUGUGGCUUUCAGAGCAUUGUUAUCUCUUUGAAGGAUACCUUCUAUGACAAGGCUGAAGCAUUGAUUGGAGUUUACAGAGACUCUGAGAAAAGCUGUUCACAAACAUUAACAUUUGACUUGACCAAGUAUAGGGAAACCUGAAUGAACUUUAGGAGUUCAGAUUGGAGCCUCGUUACUGUAAAUGCAGGUGACAUUAUAAUGAAUGGUGAUAGUUAUUGGUUCGUCUUCUAUAGCUUCUGAAAAUGGUAUGUACUAUAGCUGAUUGUUGUCUGUACUUACCGUUUAACUCCCUAUGUAUAGGUUUGUGAUCAAGUUUCGACUUUACUUAUUUAAUUCAACCUAUUUUGGUGGCUUAGCUUUUGACGAG